AUGGCAACAGCUUCAAAAUCUUUCAAGCUUAGAAACAGGGAAGGAAGCCCAACCACUCGACAUCAUCAUGGCCAGCAUGCCGCAUGUCCCACCGAGUCAAAGGCAGUCAAUCUAGACAGGAGGCAGCAGCUGGUUUGGUCUGGCGUGUUGUGUGCCUACCUCACACGAGGCAUCCCUGUCCAUCUUCAAGCAGCGGAACAAGCGCGACCAGAUACACGGCUCCUCUCCUACAGCCUGAAGCGGCCUGACUGGCUCCUGGCAAAAGAUGCGUCCGACCAGGACUUAUCCCGACAGCGCCAUUCUGUGUGCAUCCGGGAAGUGGGCGACGAUGAGGAUGCCGUUCCGACACUUCGCUUGCUGGGCCCAUUGUCCUACUAUCGCCUGCCACAACUGACCUUUCUGAAGGGCUUCCUCAUCGUGGGCGUGCGGACCUUCAUCAACCCUGGCUGGUCCGAGGAAAUCAACUUGAAGUGCACCAACUGCUCCUCUGUCAGCCAGGUGGUGAUCCGGCCCAUCAACUUUGACCCGAUGUGCCGCAGUGUCUCACAACAAAUGGCAGCUGCAUUGACGGUGGCGGUUCGAGCCGGUGAGGUUGGUUCGAACAUUGACCUGUCCGAUCUGCGAAGUGCGCGGAUGGAGGAUGUGGUUCUCCACGGCAACGUUGCCGGCAUUAACUGCCCUCUUCCCGCAGCAAGCCCCUGUGGUGGCUACGCGGAGGGAGCCUUUGCAGUUGGCGAAGUCAAGGCCUCCUCUUUCGAUGACGAGCACGUCACCUACGUGCUGCAGAGCUCGCGGAGGCUUUCCGGGCACGAGAAGCAGGUCUUCUUCCACCACAGAAGUGCGAUCUGCCUGUAUCCAGGAGGGCCCUCGUCACACGGCUUCCUCGUGGGCUUCGCAGUAGUGCACAUGAAUGUCCUGGACAUGCAGGCCUUCAUCGGCUUCGUUUGCUUCUUCGGGGUAGCGCUCCCUUUGAUCUGCUUGGUAACGGCUUUGCUGCAUUACAACAAGUACGAGAGGUGCAAGCAUCAUGUGAGACACCUACGUUUGGAGUAUCAGCGCGAACAACUCGAGCGGGAGCUCGCCACAGGGGGGAACGAGGAGGAAGCCGAAUUCAGUACACGCAGCCAGCGAAGUGGCAACGCGUCAUCGAGCAGCAGAGAUGCCCAUGCAGGUGCUGCUCGUGGUGCGCUGGAAGAGAGCAGCUACCAGCCCUUGGCUGGCGAGCCUGCCGCAACGAGCUCGGCGACUUGGGGGCAUUAG